AUGUCAGAAAUAGAGAGUGGGUUUUUGAUUUUAGAUCCAAAAUGGUGGACCGAUGUUAAUAUAUCUUAUGGUGUGAGACAUGCAUUAUUCAAAUUACUUUACUCGUGCAUUUAUCAUAUUAAUCGUUCACUUUUCAUUUACUAUUCUGUACUUCCACAAAAUGAUAAAUAUUGCCGUGAAAUCGAUGGGAAAUCUGAGAAAGACUCGGGAACUGAUAUUGGCACCUACGAAUCAUCGUUUAUUAAGUUGACUUACAAACAUAUUAACAGUAUUGUUAAAGCAUAUGAAAUAGCACUCGAUGUAAUUGAAACAUUAAAUAAAAUUCCAACAUUUGACAUAAGAUUUAUUCCAGUUAGACAUGAUUGCCUAAACCAUAUAUACGAAACGAUAGGGCCGAAAGAUCAAACUUUGUUCUGGUCUAAUUCAUAUAAGUUUUGUGAGAAACAUGGUAAUCUGGUACAAUGCGCAAAUAUAAUUAAUGAUGUAUUUUCUUGUAUUAGCCAAGAAAACAUGUAUUAUAUUAAUUUUAAUUCUGAAAAUAUUGAUAUAAAUUCGAUAGUCUGCAAAAAUUACACUAAGCAUUUAAUUUCGCAUGGAUUCCAUACUUUUGAGAUUUCGGACAAUCUAUCAAUUCCAUUAUGGAAAAAUAAGCUUAAUGCAGUCAUAGAAAAUGACGAUGAUCAUUUUUUUGAUAGCCAAAUCAAUCGUACAUUAUUUGCGGGAACAUUUGACAGGCUGCACCCUGGACAUAAAGUGAACAUUACCGUUGCCACUUGGUAUGCAAAAGAGUUGGUAAUAAUUGGUAUAACAGAUAAGCCACUUAAUGCUAAUAAAAGUGAUAAAGAUAUCAUUCAGGAUUUUUCUUUUAGAAGUGCAAAUGUACACUCAUUUAUUUUCUCUUUAUCUCCCAAUAUUUCUGUUGCCAUAUUAAGAAUUUCAAGUAUCGUUGGUGGCGCAGAUAUCUUUGAAUUUGACGCAUUGAUCGCAACUCCGGAAUCUUAUAACAACGCAGCGAAGAUUAAUGACCUUAGGUUGGCAUGUGGUUCGCCAAAAGUUAAAUUAGUUAAAGUUCCGUUUGUUUACAAACCUCUAAUAGAUCAUUCAGGAGGAUUGAAAACAACUAAUGUGAUUCCAGUAAAAUUCUGCUCUACGGAGCUCAGAUAUUCAUUGAAACGGAAUCUGGAUAACCUGUUUAAUCUGUCUUUGUUAAAAAAAGCAAUCAUGAUAUCACUCGAUAAAGUGCUUUUUUCAGGAUUUAUAUCCAAGGAUAUUUCUGAAAUGACAAACAUGAUAUUUUCAUUUAUUGAUGACGUAAUUUUCGAGAUUCUGUAUGAAUGGAGAGCAUUACAUGGGCAUGAAAAAGGCGGAAUUGUUUUUGAAAAAUGGCUUGGGGAAUUGAUCACUGAAUUAGAAAAGGAAGGGAAAAUGGAAAGAUUAAAUUUGUUAGAAAAUAACUCUUUCAUUAGAAUCUCCAAAUACUUAACAUUCAUACUUAUUUAUCUUAUAUCCUCGUUAAAUUUAAUUAAAAAAAGGAGAGUAGGGAUUUCGCACUGUGAAUUGAAUAAGGUGUACUUUUUAUUUAGCAGGUUAUUAAUGGAUGAAGAUAAAGAAGAGGCACGGGGAUGUGAAAAUUCUGAAUUUUGUAUUCCAUACAUAUAUUGCCAUUCUGACAUUGAAAAAAACAUUUUUUUUGGUAAAGCUAGUAAUAAAAAAUAUUCAGGCUUUAAAUACCAACUUGGAGACUUAACAAAAAAAAGAAUCACUAUUUAA